GCAGCGAUGUUCUCGCGCAGAACCCCUAGGGUCGUCCAGGCGAGCUGCUGCGCGGUGUGGCUCGUCUCCAUACUGCUCUCCAUCCCUGACUGGAUCUUCUUGGAUGCCAUCCAUGACGACCGACGGGAGAAAACGGAGUGUGUCCGCGACUACUUCAAGUUUGACCCCGAAUCAGUUGGAAACUGGCGAAUGGCGUCGCGCCUGCUCUACCACAUACUGGGCUUCAUUAUCCCGUCGCUAAUCUUGAUCUUCUGCUAUUCCUGCAUUCUCUACCGGCUGCGCUGUGCCACCCACAGCCUGCAAAAGCAGAAGGCCUUCAGGGUCACCGUGUCUCUGGUGGUGGUCUUUUUCCUAUGCUGGACCCCAUACAACAUCACGUUGUUGGUGGACACCGUUCAGACCGGCAACGCCACCAAUAGCUGUGGCGCGAGGAACGCCGUGGACAAAGCCAUGGUGGUAACCGCCUCCCUGGGUUAUCUCCACAGCAGCCUCAACCCCGUCCUGUACGCGUUUGUGGGAGUGAAGUUUCGACGUCAGCUUCUGGGCAUUUUCAGUUCUCUGGGCUGCAAGAGGAAAUCAGCUGCCAAACUCAAAUCUUCCUUCAUCAGCAGGGGGAGUUCUUUGUGGCCGAAUUCUACCGACAACUCCAACUCCAUUGUUAUUUGAGUCAAAAAGACUUCCGGGAUAUUUUUUGGACAGAGGACUCGAAUCCAUGUGUUGCUCCUUUUAGGAGU